UUAUGUGGAGUGCUGGGUUAGGGUUCCGCCCACCGAGGUAUCUCUGAUUGCAGGGCAGACAGGCAGAGUGUAAAAUGGCGCACAGCUGUCGGUGGCGGUUCCCCGCUCGGCCCGGAGGGAGCAGCAACUCCGGUACCGGGAAGAGAGCGGGCCGGAUCAGGGUUACUGCCUCUUUGCGGAGUAUACCAGGAGCCCAGUCAAACACAGCUGGACUUGGACCUGGGUUUGAUGCGGCACUACAGGUUUCUUCGGUUAUCGGGAGCAACCUGCAGAAAUUUCGGGAUGUUUUGGGGGAAUCGAGCGACUCAAGCAGUGCAGAGGAAGAAGCUUUUUUGGGCUUUGGAACCUUUGCUGAACACACAGGGGCCCAGAGUCCCUCGGACCCUUCUUCAGCAGGCACAGCCGCACAGGAGAAGAAGCCCAGAGGCCGUCCCCCGCGGGGUCUGACUACUCAGAGAACGGCUGCAAGUUUAUCACCACACUCAUCGCUGCCCUCCCCUACACAGGCUAAACUUGAGGGUCCCGAAUUGCCAGCAGAAAAGGAGAAAAGGCUACCUGGGAGACCACCUGGCACUGGAGAGAAGCGAAGAGGUCGGCCACCAUCUUCAAGCAACAAGAAAGCUUGGAGUUCAGGAAACCAUGCAGCAGACGAGGACAGCAGGCUUGCUGAGUCUGAGUUGGGUUUGGACACGGAGGGGGAGAAGGACAAAAAGGCCGCAAAAAAGCCGCCAGCGGGCUCUGCUCAGCCUCACGACAUGGAGGCAAGGCUUUCCAAAGCUGGACGGAGUGAACCCAAAGUUAACAAACUGAAGAGGCUAACAGAAACUAAAAUGACGCCUCUCAAUCCACACCUCAAGACUGUGCCCGGUGUCCCCCGACGCAGGCCUGGCCGACCGCCUUCGGCCGAGCGUCUGAAAGCUAUGACUGCUGCUGCACAGCUGUGCACCUUGGUUGAAGGUGGGGAAGGGAAACAUAAAGCAUUUAGAGUCAGAGGUGGAGACAGCAGCACAGAUCAGCUCACAAGUCAGCAGGCCAUACUGAAGAAUGUGGAUGGGUCUGAUGACCAAGUCCCUUCCAGCGCAGCUGCUUCUCCUCCUCCGUCUAAAUUGGGUAAGCCAGUAGGCCUCAGAAAAAGCCCCAGACACGUAAAACCAGUCAGAAUAGUCCCCCCUUCUAAACGAACUGAUGCGACUAUUGCUAAACAGCUUCUGCAGCGUGCGAAGAAAGGAGCACAAAAGCGAUUGGAGAAAGAAGCCGUUGCCACUGGGGGCAGUGUGGUUUCAUCCUCUGAAGCUGGGAUCAGAAAAACCCAACUAAAAAAUAUCCGGCAGUUUAUCAUGCCUGUAGUAAGCACUGUUUCCCUUCGUAUCAUUAAAACCCCCAAGCGCUUCAUUGAGGACGAGGGCAGUUUUGGAACCUCCACACCCCUGGCUAAGAUGCCGCGUUUAGAGACACCCACCUCAGCACUUUCUACAUCUGCUCAGACCACGUCUGCCACCUCUUCAUCCCCUUCUCCUGCACUUGUUUCUGUUACUGUUGCCACUGCGAGCAGUGGUAUGACUGCUCCUAUUGUUUCGCCUCCUCACACAGCAUCUCCUGAGCCUAUUCACGCUGUCCCAUCAGCAGCUCCCAGCCUGCUCAACAGCAGCUCCAACACGGCCAACGGGAGAUUUAGCAGCAGUGCACCAUCUUGCGGCUCAAGUGCUGUGUCACAGCAUUCCUCCCAGCUGUCAUCUGCAGAGUCUUCCAGGUCCAGCAGCCCAAGCUUGGACGACUCGUCCUGCGACUCCCAAGCUUCUGAAGCCACGCAGACUUUGUCAGAUCAGGAGGACAAUUCCCCGUCUUCUCAUGGAGAGAGAGAGUCCAGUUUGCUGCAAGGGUCCCAACCGCUCUCUCCCCCCUCUGAAACAGAGCCCGAGCAUGUGUUGUCAGACAGGAGUCGCAGAGGCCGCAGAGCACAAGGGGUAGGUCGGGGUAGUCACAAACAGAGGGUCAAGGAGAGACUCACCACCAGGGUUAAGAAGCCAAUCAUCAGCCCACCAACAGGACUGCUGAUGCCCUCCUCUACGAUUGGGAAUUCCCAGCAAGCGUCAUCCACAGCUUCUUCUCCUUCGUCCCCCCCUCCUCCGCCUUCUUCUCUUCUUACUCUCACACAGCCUCCCCAAUCAAGUUCUUCCAGCGCAGCUGCCAUCAGUGAACACCUCUCGCAGCCAUCCUGGAUGCCUCACCCCAUCCCACCUUUCCUGCCCGGGUCACCUGUGCUGUCCAACUUGUCAGACAAACGGAACCGAUCGAUUCUCAGAGAGCCCACUUUCCGCUGGACCUCCAUGUCCAACCCUAAACUUCCCUGCUUCUCCUCGGCUAAAUAUGCCAAGGAGGGCCUCAUCCGAAAACCAAUAUUUGACAACUUCCGUCCCCCUCCUCUCACACUCGAAGAUGUUGGGUUGUUGCCCCAAGGCGUCUUAGGAGCCGGAGGAGCCACUGCAGGUGCGUUUCGAUUGCCAGGCGCCGGAGCAGGCACAGGCACUCGUCUGUUCGGCCCUCUUCAUACCCACCACCAGCAUCCCUCAUCAACCCGCUUUGAUGCACCACACGCAAAGCGCAGCCCAUUGCUUCGGGCUCCGUGCUUUACACCCAGUGAGGCCCACUCUCGCAUAUUUGAAUCAGUCACUUUGCCUUCAUCAUCUGGGAGCAGUCCCGGUUCUCUCUCCCCACAUCAGAAUUCCUCUUCUUCCGCUCAGAACUUGCGCCCUAGGAGACGACCGGUCUCUGUGGCGCAGCGCAGCAAUCCACGAUCUCCAUCACAUUCAAUGACCAGGCGCAGCAGCCAAAUGGGAGGCCAUGUUUCUGUAGGGAAAGUCACAUCUGAAAUGUCUGUGCUGUCAAGCUCCGUCUCCAGUGGUAACCCCAGCUCUUUGGCUAGUUCACUAGCCACUAGUGCCUUAGUGCCUGCUCCUUUCAGCACCUUCUCCAGUGUUUCUCUGAGUCUCCCUGCACAAGGAACACCUGAGAGCAGAAGAGGGGCAAAUGGAACCCCAUCUUUGUCAACUCCACCUGCCGCUCCUUCUCCACUUUUCUCUGCUUUUCCAUCCAGUGCUCAGGACACAGGACGAGGAGCCGGUAAAGGCGGCAAAGAAAAGGCUCCCCCGGAGCCAGCCACUAAAGAAAAAGAAAAUGAUUUUGAGAAGAACCGAGAGAAAGAGAAGGAAAAUAAAAGAGAUGGAAGAAAGGAUUUCGAGAAGAGAAAUAAGACAAUUGCAUUGGAUGAUUCCCCCAAUCCGCCGUCCAGCCUGUUUGGGGUAGAUAAGAGGGACUCAGAAGGUGGUGUCUUACACCUUUCACCAAAAAAAACCCCAGGGAGAAAGAAAUCGACAUCCGUCGACACAAUUUCUGACACUGCUUCCUCGGACGGGCGCGGCCUUCAUCACAGUUCGAUUGGUAAAGGUCGUCCACCCAAAAAAGGCAGACUGUCUGAGAAAGUAGCCGAAACAGAAAAUGUGGAAAAGGACAAAGAGAAGCGAAGCAUGCCUAACCAGCAGACACCAAGCCUUCCAGGGCAGCCAUCAGGCAAACAUCAGCUCCCCGUCUCCUUAUUAGUAAAGCAAACAGAGCAACAUCCUUUGCCAGAUAAGCGCAUAGUUGGACUCCUGAAGAAGGCCAAAGACCAGCUCAUUGCGAUAAAGAAGAAUAAGCAGAAACCUGCAGAGCAGAAUAAGGUCCAGGGUCAGGAAAGUGACUCGUCAGAGGCCUCAGUCCGGGGUCCACGGAUCAAGCACGUAUGCCGUCGUGCUGCUGUGGCGUUGGGCCGUAAUCGGGCCGUGUUCCCUGAUGACAUGCCCACACUUAGUGCCUUGCCCUGGGAAGAGAGAGAGAAGAUCCUGUCUUCUAUGGGGAACGAUGAUAAAUCAUCAGUAGCGGGCUCUGAGGAGGCAGAACCACAGUCUCCGCCCAUAAAGCCACGGGAGACACGGCAAAAAGCCGUUCAAGAGGCUCCACUCAAGAAGGGGCGUCGCUCACGCCGCUGUGGCCAAUGCUCAGGCUGCCAAGUUCCAGAAGACUGCGGGGUCUGCACCAACUGUCUCGACAAACCAAAGUUUGGAGGACGAAACAUUAAAAAGCAAUGUUGCAAGAUGAGAAAGUGCCAGAACUUGCAGUGGAUGCCCUCAAAAAUGUUUCUUCAGAAGCAGAGCAAAGACAAAAAGGACAAGAAAAAGAUUAAGUUGCCUGACAAAAAUCCUGUAAAAGGGCCCGUCACAGAGUCUGCCCCAAAAGCUACCCCUGCCCCACCAAAGGAGGAUCCUCCCUGUAAAAAGAGUGAAAGUCCCCCUAGAAAGCUGGGAGAGGAGAAAUCGAAACAGCUGCCAUUGUCAAAGCAAUCCUCUCCUAUCCCCUUGUCGACCCCCUCCCCAGUCGAACCUUCUCAGGCUUCCAACACAGUCACAUUUGAGGCUGAGUCUCCAUCUUUGACCAAGGAGGGCCCCAAGCAGCUCCCCGUUUCCAGCAAUACAAGCGGCAAAAAAGGCCCGAAACCACAGCAGCCCGCUCUGGCUUCUUCCUCUACAUCAUUAUCUUCCACUUCCUCUUCUUCUUCGUCCUCCUCCUCAUCUUCCUCCUCAUCUUCUUCAGCGCACAGUUCCCCCUCUCAGUCAACACCGCCGCAAAUGGCCCAACCAUCUCAACCUUCCCAAAUGGCGCAACAGCAGCCGUGGCCUCCCGCCAGCCAGCCGGCUUUAACAAAAGAGUCCUCACCCAAGGUUUCUCCGUGUGAACACAAGAAGAAACCCCAGCAGCACUCAGCACAACAGCAGAGCCCACUUCCAACAGCUGACUCAAAACAGUCAAAGAAGCCAACAUCUCGCUCUGUUCCUCCAUCAACUAAACAGAGACCAAAAGACAAGCCGCUGAACACUAAACCUACCAGCAGCAGUACUUUAAACUUGCUGAGCACUCCCUCGACUAGGGACCAGGUGAAGCCCAGAGCGCCCUGCGACGGAGUGCAUCGUAUCAGAGUGGAUUUUCAGAGGGACCAUGAUGUGGAGAAGGUGUGGGAGGCUGGAGGCCUCAGCCUGCUCACCUCUGUGCCUAUCACUCCAAGGGUGCUCUGCUUCCUGUGUGCAAGCAGUGGAAAUGUCGAGUUUGUCUACUGCCGGGUAUGCUGUGAACCAUUCCAUCUCUUUUGCCUGGGGGAGUCAGAGCGCCCUCUUCAGGAGCAGUUUGAGAACUGGUGUUGUCGACUGUGCCGGUUCUGCCAGGCCUGUGGGCGCCAGCACCAGAAAGCUAAACAACAGCUGGUAGAGUGUGAUAAGUGCCGCAACAGCUAUCACCCGGAGUGCCUGGGUCCCAACUACCCUACCAAACCCACCAAGAAGAAGAGAAUCUGGAUUUGCACCAAGUGUGUACGCUGCAAGAGUUGUGGAGCCACUAAACCUGGGAAGUCCUGGGAUGCUCAGUGGUCACAUGAUUUCUCCAUGUGCCAUGACUGUGCCAAACUCUUUGCUAAAGGUAACUUCUGUCCACUGUGUGAUAAGAGCUACAGCGAUGAUUACUAUGACAGCAAGAUGAUGGAGUGUGCUCGCUGCAAACAGUGGGUUCAUGCAAAGUGUGAGAACAUUACAGAUGAAAUGUUUGAACUGCUGUCAAAGCUGCCAGAAAACAUUGCCUACACCUGUAUGAAAUGUGCCGAAUGCCAUCCUGCCGAGUGGAGAUCAGCUCUGGAGAUGGAGCUUCAGGGCUGCAUCCGCAAUGUCCUCAAUGCACUGCUGAACUCACGCACAUCCACACACCUGUUACGCUACAGACAGGCGGUGAAGCCUCCAGAGCUGAAUCCGGAAAUGGAGGAGAGCCUUCCGUCCCGCCGUUCCCCGGAGGGCCCAGAUCCUCCAGUCCUCACUGAAGUUGCCCCCACUACCCCUCCCGGUGACUCCCCUCCAGAUCUGGAGUCUGUUGAGAAGAAGAUGGAUCAAGGCCAUUACAGGUCACUGCUGGACUUUAAUGAUGACAUUGUGCGGAUCAUCCAGACAGCCAUUAAGGGUGAUGGAGGCCAGCCUGAGGGCAGAAAGGCUAACAGCAUGGUGAAGUCCUUCUUCAUUCGGCAAAUGGAGCGAAACUUCCCGUGGUUCAAAGUGAAAGAGUCGCGGUUCUGGGAAAGCCAAAAAGUCUCUGCCAACAGUGGGCUCCUCCCCAACGCUGUGCUGCCUCCAUCCCUGGAUCACAACUAUGCCCAGUGGCAGGAGAGACAGGAGCUUUCCCGUGCUGAGCACCCCCAUUUCAUGAAAAAAAUCAUUCCAGCCCCCCAGCCCAAGACUCCCGGUGAACCUGAUUUGCCUGCUUCUUCCCCUCCUCAACCUCCUGUCCUGCCUCCGCCCCCCUCUCUCCUACCAGAUCUAGACGACGGACCAGAGCCCCCUCCUCCACCAGGUGUCACUGAUAACAGGAAAUGUGUUUUUUGCUUCAAGUAUGGGGAUGAGAAAAUUAAUGAGUGUGGCAGGUUGCUGUACAUCGGUCAGAAUGAGUGGACACAUGUCAACUGUGCUCUCUGGUCUGCUGAGGUGUUUGAAGAUGAUGAUGCAUCUUUGAAAAACGUUCACAUGGCUGUUCUCAGGGGAAAGAAAAUGUGCUGUGAAAGGUGCCAAAAAACAGGGGCUACAGUUAGCUGCUGCUUCACCUCCUGCACCCGGAACUACCAUUUCAUGUGCGCCCGCCAGUGUCAGUGCACCUUCUUGGAAGACAAAAAAAUCUACUGUCCAAAACACAGGGAUGUCAUCAGAGGAGAGGUGGUAUCAGGGUUUGAGGUAACUCGUAGAAUCCUAGUGGACAUGGAGGGGAUUAACUUUAAGAGGAAAUUUCUGGCGGGACUGGAGCCAGAAAGCGUCCAUAUGAUGAUAGGAUCCAUGAAAAUUGAUUGUUUGGGAAUACUGACUGAACUCUCAGACUGCAAACGCAAACUCUUUCCUCUAGGAUACCAGUGUUCAAGGGUGUACUGGAGUACCUUAGAUGCUCGAAAGCGAUGUGUCUACACUUGUAGGAUUAUAGUUUGCGACCCUCCUGUGAGAGAUUCUGACUUGAAGAGUGCGAUGACUCCUGAAGAGAAUUACACUAUUGCACACAGCCCACCUCCCAAUGCAGAUGUAGACUUUCCUGAUCCAUUCGAGUCACCGAGGCGCUCGGAUACACUGUCUCCCGCCAACACCCCCAAGCUCAGGGUUUAUACCAGAAACCGACACCCCAGUUACCCGCCUUGUCCACGCUCACUCGGCCCCAAGCUCAUGCCAUCUGCAGGGAUUACUGUGCAACCCCAAGGCAAGGAGGUCAUGACAUUUGGGGAUUCCCUGGUGAAUGCUGGUGUUCAGAAUAUCGAGUCGAGACGUCACAGCUCCCCUUCUCUGUCUCCUGCGUCCUAUCAGUUAAACAAACAACGAGGUGUAACUUUUGCAGCUCAGAUUUUAACCCGGCCCCUUACUUCACCUCCUCCUCUGAUACCCUCCCCCGCCAGAGACCCAGAAAAGUCGAGGCACCUUAGCAAAGACUCAGCUAAGAUCCCGGCCCAGCGAGAUAACGAUCGAGGAAAGCCCCUUUCUGAAGAGAGAUAUAGACAGCCAAACAAAAAGCAGAGUUUGAGAGACGCAGACAAGAGCAGGACUUCAAACCGAGAUCACCCAUCCAAAGAAUCUGACAAGAACAGAUCGUCUAGCGAAAUCGGACAAAGAGAAUCCGACAAGGGCAAAAAUUCAACCAAAGACCCAGAAAAGAGGAGGCCGCUAAGUAAAGACUCAGGUCUAAAAGAAUCAGACAGGGGGAAACCUCAGAGUAGAGAUCCUUCAAAAGAUUCAGAAAAGCCAAGACCAGCAAGCAGAGACCUUGACAUGGGAAGAAAAGUGAGCAAAGAUUCCAGCAAUAAAGAGACAGAUAAGAGCAAAUCAGCUUCUAGAGACCCCAGCUACAAGGAUUCUGACAAAACUAGAUCUCUCAGUAAAGAUUCUGCAAUGAGAAACAUUGACAAGCACAGGCAGUAUGGCAGGGAAACAGGAAAAGACUGUGGUCAAGGGAAAGACAGACCUCCUAGCAGAGACUCUGAUAAAGGUAAGCAUCCGUCAAGAGAUUCCAGCUAUAGGAACACAGAGAGAAUCAAAGAAACUGGUUCAGGGAAAGAAGUUAACCCAGGCAGCCAGUGCAAACCAAUGAGCACUGAGAACAAGAGCUCCAGACUGGCUCCUGCAGGCUGUGGUCAGUCCUCUCCUCCGGUAGGCACUGCAGUUCUCUCAGGUCUACAGAGAAGUGGCAGCAACAAACAAGUAGACAAGCAGGGGAAACAUGGAGGCAAAGACCAAGAUGUGUCUGCAAGCCUGAACUUCUUGUCUCAUCACCGUCCCUCUUUCAACUCCAACACAACAUCAAGCAAAGAAAGGCUCGCUUCAGGAAAGGACAGCAUCAGCGGCACAAGAAAUGCAGUCCCACCUCCACUCCAAAAAGAUUCUGUUGUUGGAAAAUCUUGCUCCCCGCAGAAGUCUAUCACACGGAAAUCAAAUGAACACGCAUCAGGUCCAGCCACAGCAGCAGCUGCGAAGACUCAGUGGUUGUCAAAGGCGUCAGCAGAUGAAGAUGUUAUCAAACGAGGCACCAUGCCCCUGGCCUCUCCAAAUGCAGCUUCGACUGCCAAAGACAAGCACCCCAAAGUUAAGGCAGCAGGCAGCAGAGACGUGUCCAAAGACAGAGAAAAGAACAUUCCAAACAGCAACAGCAGUAACAAAAUGCCACUUCUCAACAAUAACACAAAAGCUUCUGGCAGCUCCAACACGCAUGCUUCAAGCACCAGCUUCUACAACAGCAGCAAUAACAAAGUGCUUGGGAACAGCACCAAAGCCCACGGGAAGGCUCAGGGGGAGAAGCAUUUUAACCUGGAAGGGGACAGGUCGUCCUCCAAGAGCAGGGACAAUUACAGCUGUCCGGAGAGGAAGAACAGCUCCAGUCUGGAGAGCAGCUUGCAGCAGCUGCAGCAGACUAGUUUAGCAGCUGAGACGGGUGGAAACACCACUGUUCAGUCUUAUAUUAAGCAGGCAGCUAACCAGCUACCACUGGCUUCCAGAGAGAAAAAGAGAUCAGUCAGGCUCUCUACCCCAACUCCACUGAAGACUGAUAAAAUGACUGACCCUAAUGGCACUAUCACAGCUGCAGGCAUUUCCCCAUCCUCCUGUCACACUGGCACUACUUCCUCUGCCGCUGCUGCUGGACAGACAACUCACUGCUCUGUCCUUUCUGCCCUCUUUUCAUCCCCAUCUGCCAGCAGCAGUGACAGCUCGGAGUCUGAUACUCGGACUCAAGCAGAGGAGCACGAGCUUCACAAAGACUACUCAAGCAACAAGCUCCGAGAUCACCACAGUCUACUCACCGAGUGCGCAGACGACGACGGCCCAGAGGACGACCACAACAGAAGUUUGGAUGACAAACAUCACGAAGAUGACAGCGACGGGUCAGGGUCAGCGAAGCGGCGGUACCCGCGCCGCAGCGCUCGUGCCCGUUCCAACACGUUCUUUGGUCUCACGCCUCUUUAUGGAGUCCGCUCCUAUGGGGAAGAGGACCUUCCCUUCUAUGGCAGUGGUGACGGAGCGGGCCCUGUGGUGAAGAGGAGGACAGGCAGUCGUAAGAAGUCAGCGGAAGGGCAGGUGGAUGGAGCAGAUGAUAUAAGCACCUCAUCUUCAUCAGGGGAAAGUGGAGAGGAUGACGAUAGUGGAAUGAAACAGAGGGGUAAAGAUCCUUACUACUACAACUUCACUCGGACAAUUAUCAAUCCCGGCGAGGGCCUUCCAUCUAUAGAAGGAUUAGACCAAUGUCUCGGAAGGGGGUCCCAGCUCCAGCGCUUUCUCAAAGAUGAGGAGCAGCAGCAACAAAGAGUUCAAGAAAAAACAGAGACGGACAUGCUGGGAUCUCUGACCCUUGGCAAGCAGCAAAUAGGCCAGCUUGACGGUGUUGAUGACGGCUCUGAGAGUGACACCAGCAUCUGCACCACCAGCAACACGACUACCACGGCCACCUCCACGUCCACGCCUCACAAGAUUACUCCAAAGAGAAGGGGCAGAGAAAGGCACACAGAGAAAACUGCUGCGCACGUUUCAAGCAAAGAGGCGGACAGCUGCGGCGGAGCCGUAAGCAGCAACACCCGGGAAAGCAGAAGGAACCAGAAGGAAAACUGCCUUCCUCUAGGAGGUAGUGUCAAGUCCCAGCCUCAGAGUCAGGCCCAGGACCCCCUGGACACUCCACUGACCCUCAGCACAGACCUGCUUAAAUCAGAUUCCGACAACAACAACAGCGACGACUGUGGGAAUAUUUUACCAUCGGAUAUCAUGGAGUUUGUGUUGAACACGCAGUCCAUGUCUUUGCCAACUUUAGGUCAGCAGUCUGAGCCACUGCUGGAUGAGAGCUAUGUAGGAGUGGAUGUCAACAGGCCUAAAGAUAUGCUGUUUGGUGACUUUCCACAGCCACUAGCGAGUGGUGAAAGCGGAGGGGUUGUGGAGAGCAGUGUUAAUAGCUCCAUUUCUGUGGAAGAGCCUUAUCUUCCAUUGGAGCUGCCCUCAGAUCUGUCCGUCUUGACCACACGCAGCCCCACUGUCGGCACAAGUCAGAACCACUCUGCCGGGACUCUUAUCUCAAAUACCUCAAACCGUACUAUUCUAGGCCUAAACUCUGACUCGGAGACCAUCAGUGGAGAAAAGAGUGGGGGUAAGAAAACAGCGGGGCCAGCUUUGUCCCCCUCUGAGAACCAGCAUAACAGCACAGCUUUGGGAAACAGGGAGACUCAGGUUACAGAAGGUCACAUGACUCCUGAACAGUUUAUUGCCAGUCCUGCUGUCGGCCCCGUGAACGAAGCUCCAGCUAGCCAGGAUGUUCCAAGGAAUCCGGGUACCCCUGGUUUGCCAAGUUCUCCAUCAAUGCCCCUUCAGGGUCAGAAGUACCUCCCAGCUUCUGUGACCACUGCAGGCAGCCCCAGUCCGGUGCCUGGACCAGGACCUUCCCAGACUCAGGUUUCCAGUCCUGCUGUCAUCAAAUCAGGCCCAGACAAGCUCAUCGUGGUCCAUCAGCAAUUCCAGCCUCUUUACGUCCUUCAGACUGUCCCUAACGGAGUCACUCAAAAGAUUAGCGCCACAGGAGUGAUGGACACUGCUUCACCCACAGUGCUAAGCUCCAUGACACUCACCACAGGUUUGAAUACUGGUUUAUCAUCAGGUCAGCCUAUGUUUCCUGGUGGGGGCAAAGUCCUGGGCACCAUACCCCACCCCUCUCAGAUUCACGCCUUCACAGGACCCACACAGACAGGCUUCCAGACAGGAAUCCCGAGCACCACCUCCGGUCUUCUCAUUGGUCUUCCCUCUCAGGCGCAUGACCAGUCCCAGAUUCUUGUCUCAGAAGCUGGUCGGCCACACGAGUUGGGUCCUAGUGUCGCCAUCGUUUCCAGCCCCUCUUCUAUGAACUCUUCCCCAGCUGUGCUUGCCUCGGCUCAUGGCAAGAAGCGUCCCAUCUCUCGCCUGCCAAGGAAAAGCAAAAAGGCGAGCCGCUCUCGCAGCCAGCCCACUCUGGCGCCCUCUGACGUGGCCCCCGCCAACAUGACUCUCAUCAACUUGUCUUCCCCACAGAUCACUGCGAGCAUCCCCGGCCAACCGAGUGGUCUGGUCGAGUUAAGCACCCUGUCCUCUUCCCAGCGCAAGGUUCCCAAUAUUAUCAAAAGAAAAUCAGGGGGGUUCAUGUACUUGGACCCCACUACCCUGCUACAGCAGAGGAUUCCUGGUACCACCCAGUCUGGAAUUAUGGGUCACGAAUCCUCCACUCAUCUGAUACCUUGUACCGUCUCUGGCCUCAGUCCCAGUCAGUCAGUUUUGAAUGUUGUGUCUGUGCCCCCAAGUGGCUCCGCUGGCCUUCUUGCACCUGGAUCGGUGUCCCUCUCCACCCCUGUUCUUGGAUCCACUGAGAUCACUGGGCCAAUCAGCAACCUCCUUUUUAAAGCAGGUCCUCAUGGUCUGGGCCUGUCAGACCAGCCGGUGGUCAUUCAGUCAGCAGGGACGGGGACUUUGAUGUCACAACUUAGCUCUCCUGUUCAAACAUCUAUCGCUAGUAGCAUUUGUGUCCUGCCUACUCAGCAGACCAUCACCAUGGCCGUCAACCGGCAGGGAGAGACAGAGGUUAAUAACCUGUACUUGCAACAUCAGUCCCAGCCUGUUAGUAGAGCGCAGACCGUGGACUCCUGUGCAAACAACACUGUUGCUUUAUCCCCGAGCCCAUCUACACCUCAAAGCCCCGCCAAAGGACGUGUCGUCGGAGUGUUCACUCAAGCACUCCCCUCUGCGCAUUCCCAGAGUAGCAGAACAACACCCAUCGUGAGAUCGUCGGAGCAGAGGCCACUCAAUUCUACCACAGCGGGAUCAGGCGCACUCUCAGAGAAGAGCAAACAGAAGGUGAAGAGGAGCAGGCAGAGCCUGGACUCAAGCAGUGGCAAAAAGCUCAAGGCCUCACAGGCAGAAGAUCAAGUCAACAAACCUGCAGGGCAGCUUCCAAUCUUAAAGCCAAGCUCCAAAGACCUGAGCUCUCCUGAACCCAUGGACACAGCCAAGCCCUCAGAAAAAACCACCAGCAAAAGUGUUCUUGGUAACAAGAAGUCACCUGAAGGGACUGCUGCACCAGGGAAGCCAGUAGGAAAAGACAAAGCGUGCCCUGUUGGAAGAGGCGUGUCUGUUCCUGUGUCGCUACCACCCAACAAGGACAGCAACGUCGAGGAUCCGAGCACGGACAGCAAACCCAAAAAAGGAAUCAUCUUUGAAAUCUGUAGUGAGGAUGGCUUCCACAUUCGCUCUGAGAGUAUUGAAGAUGCCUGGAAGUGCUUGACGGAUAAGGUGAAGGAGGCUCGCUCCCACGCAAGACUCAGCGACCUCUCUUUCGAUGGUGUGAACGGACUGAGGAUGCUUGGCAUCGUUCAUGAAGCCGUGGUCUUCCUGCUGGAGCAGCUGUGCGGUUCCAAACACUGCCGAAGCUACAGUUUUCGCUUCCACAAACCAGAGGAGAGCGAAGACCCUCCCCUCAAUCCCCACGGCUCUGCCCGUGCAGAAAUCCACCACAGGAGGUCUGUGUUCGACAUGUUCAACUUCCUGGCCUCAAAACAUCGUCAGCCGCCCGAAUACAGGCCACAGGAGGAAGAGGAGGAUGAAGGUCAGCUCAGGAUCAUUAGGCGAGCGUCCAUGGAGCUGCCGCUUGCUGUCAGGUUUAAACAGCUCAAGGCCAUGUCCAAGGAAACUGUUGGAGUUUACAGGUCUCCUAUUCAUGGCAGAGGUCUGUUCUGCAAGAAAACCAUUGAGGCCGGGGAGAUGGUCAUUGAAUAUUCUGGGAAUGUAAUUCGGUCUGUACUCACUGACAAACGGGAGAAAUACUAUGACGCAAAGGGGAUCGGCUGUUACAUGUUUCGCAUCGAUGACUACGAAGUGGUGGAUGCUACGGUGCACGGCAACGCCGCCCGCUUCAUCAACCACUCCUGUGAGCCGAACUGCUACUCCAGGGUCCUCACUGUGGACGGCCAGAAGCACAUCGUCAUCUUUGCCUCUCGCCGCAUCUGCUGCGGAGAGGAGCUCACCUACGACUACAAGUUCCCAAUCGAGGACGCCAGCAACAAGCUGCCCUGCAACUGCGGCACCAAGAAGUGUCGCAAGUUUCUCAACUGAUGGCCAUUUUUUCCUAUACUUCUCUGAAGAGCAGCGUCCAACACCCUGCUGAGGCUUUGCCAUGGCUUCAUGUCAACGUAUUGGUCCGGCCCACAGAGACCCUCUUCUGCAGAUUUGGAAGAGACAGCAGCUGUGGGUCAUACUUUAUAUGCAGAAAGGGCCAUUUUUUGGAGGAUGGGCCAUUCCAUCUGAUGUGCCUCCUUUAGUCUAUUUUAAAUUUGGCAUUGGACAUUUCUUCGGAAGAGGUCAGUAAUGACGGAACAGCAUCGCAAUACUAACUUUUAUUUAUAUUUGGAUGAUUAAGUUUCCCCUUCAUAGCAUAUUUCAACACAUAUGUGCAGAUUUGCUCAUGUGAACAGAGAAUGACAAAAAAGUGAACAAAUUGGUUCCAUUUUUCCACCAAAGUGCAAAAGUUUCCCCUUCAUAGCAUAUUUCAACACAUAUGUGCAGAUUUGCUCAUGUGAACAGAGAAUGACAAAAAAGUGAACAAAUUGGUUCCAUUUUUCCACCAAAGUGCAAUUUGCUGAGGGGACAUUUGGUUAGCCGUUCAGAUUGACAGUGAAUUCAUGGUGUUGUGUUUUAUCAUCAGCUGUUCGUGGUUCAGAUCUCCCUGUUUGAAUGUGCCCUGAUGCCUUUAGUGGUUUUUCUAGUUUACUGGGAGCUUCUCCUCGGCCGAAGCAGGGAGGUCCGAGCGAUUGAGCGGAACAGAUGGAAACACUAGAGGGAGCUCUAGCUACAGGACAGACGAGGGAAGAAAGUCCACAAAAAAAAAGAGAGAACGUUUUUCAAAACUUGAUUUUUGUCGUUGGGAUGAAACGGUAUUAGAUUGAACUUGAGUCUGACCGCUUGGGAGCAACUUGGAUGUGCUGUGGAGGAGAUGAAGUCUCUUGUUGGGGAGGGCCAGGCAGCUAGAGGUUCUGGUGGACUGACAAGCAUGGGACCAGAGAAACCCACUGCUGUGCUUCGGUGUCAUUGAUUCAUUUCUUUAUUUUGGAAAGUUGCACAGACAGGCGUAUUGCACAUUUGUGCAUGCUGCUUUUUGUUUUGAAUUCGAUUAUUUGUGUGUGUGUGUGUGUGUGUGUGUAAACUUGAACUUUCCAGUUAUGUUCCAAAUUACAGCAGCAGGAAAACCAAACAUUAAGCCCUUAAGCUGAAUUUUCUUCUUGACCUGUUGCGAUGAAUAUUAUCAUGAGAAAAGUGUUUAUUUGUUUUUUUAUUUGUUGUCUUUUUAUUACGGACAGGGAAAUAUGCUUACUUUUCCAAAAUGUAAAUAAUGUAUAUUUUUCUAAAAAAAAAAAAAAAAAAAGAAGAAAGUAAACAGUUGUUCACAGCACUUAAUGAUGGUAUUUAUAUAUUUUUUUAAAAUUGUAUUUAUUUUAAUUGCCAUUUUUGUAGGAAAUAGAGGUUUACAAACACUAAUGCUUUGUCUCUGUUUUAUAUUCCACUUUUUAACAUUAUUUUUUGGUUUUUUAAAUUCAAAGCCUGAAUGUUUUUUUUUUUUCUUUAAUUCCAAAGACUGACGCUGGUCUGUGAGGGGAUUCCCUUUUUAAGUUCAGUCCACCAGUAGCUCUUCAUUCACCCCAGGCCGUUUUACCAGAGCUUUUUCUUUUCUAUGUUGGUGAUAUGGCAGAUAUGUGAAUUCUUUUUAUUAUUAUUAUUAUUAUUAUUAUUAUUAUUAUUAUGCACUUGAGAGAGGUAGGAUUAUUGGUCGUUUGCUGAUAUCUCUUUUCUCCAGCCUUAUUGUCGCCACAGCCCCACACCCAGUCUGCCUACUGGCUGCUCCCAGGCAGUCACACCAUGGGUCAACUGGCACUAAAGUAAGCGUGCACAUUUGUUUUGUUUUUUUUAAACUCGGCAGAAUCCCACCGGUCGACGGUGAUGAGUCUCUCUCUCUGCAGACCCUGAAACAAAGAGGUGCCUUUAAUUUAACCAUAAACUCCAGUCGGCUGCAGAUCUCCUCUGAAUCCAUCUGUGAUCUGUGUUGUCCGUGGCUCACCAGCAUUUGGAAAACAUGCAUUCGGUUGUGUCUUCUUGGUGUUUGCCUUAGUUGUAAGUGAGCAUGUCCUUUUUUAAAGCUGUUUUUUUUUUUGUUUUUUUUUAAUGAGGCUUGAAUGGAAUAUUGAGGCGGGACAAUUGGCGUCCACAGUUUGAUCUGAAGUCUGUGACUGCAAUUUGCCCCCCCCCCCGUUAUCGUUUUCCACUCAUGCCGGUUUGGUUGGGACGUCAUGGCCGUCAGCAGUUCCUCCCGCACUGCCCCCUUGCUGUGAACUUAAGGUGAAAUAUGACCCCUGAAAGGUUUGCACUUUAGCUGUGACACAGGCACUGAAUGGACAUAGGAAAAACAUCUCUUUCCCUGAAACCACAAGCACUCACGGUCAGCUGGGACGCUUUGAGUCUGUGCACCCGGCUCUUUGGGGUUGUUGGGGGGCCGCAGCAAAGUGCACUUCUCUUGAUUCUUUCUCUUCAGCAAAGUGAGGGCAGGGACUGAACCAGCAGCCCUCUCCUUCCUGUUGGUGCAACGUGUGCACCGUUGGGCUGAGGCUCCUCCGCUGGCAGAGCGGCCCCGUACAGCGGCACCGACUGUGGGCCCGCUGAGUUUCUGCUGCUAAGGUCAACAAUGAAUGUAUAUUCUUCCUUCACACGAUGUUGAAGCUUCGUCAGCUGUAUUUGUUUGGAGUUCUUGCGCAACCCCCCCCGGUCAACAUGGAAGACGCGGACGAGGCCUGAAAAGUGGGCUCCAGCAGCAGUUUUUUUCCUUUUUUUCCGCACCAGGAAGAAACCGGAAGCGCGAGCAGCUGAAGGGAGCGCCGUUUCUGUCCACCGCAGAGCGGUCAGCGGCGGUGGGCGGAACAGUUACUGGCGCGAAGGGCUCUGGGCACGACUCUCACUUCACAAGCUCCACUUCUGCGUUUUCAGGGUCAACAAGAAGUCACUUACUUUACAGAAUGAAGCGAAUCCAAUAAGGAACCAGCUUCUGUUGAUUCUCGGGACAUUGUUCCACGCCACACCAGUGGCCCUUCUCCGUCAUGAUCUGUAAUUAUAGUAUAAAUACUUGACAACAUUAUACAGAAACAUGCAUAGUAACUUCUUGUACUUUAGUAUCUAUAGUAUAUGGAAUGGUCAGACAAACUUAGUUACCGUAGCAAAACAGCAGAUUUAUAACGGUUAAAGCAAUGUUUCAAUGUACCUAUAAUGGUUUUGUGUUACAGUACUAUCAGCUAACGUGCAUCAUUCUUUUGUAUAUGGAUAUUCAGUACCACUUUUCUGCCGUGCCGGCGCUGCUCCUCCACCAGCGAGGAGCGGCGCCGCUUUUCUUUUCUCUCUGGAGCAGAACGGUUUUAAUGUGAUGAGAAAUGUUUUUAAUGUGGUUGUGAACUUCUCUGAAGUCAGACAUUUGAUUGGAUUUCAUUACUAUGUGUUUUUUUUUUGUUUUUUUUCCCCCCAGUUGUCAUAGUGAAUGUUUUGUAUGUUUUAACAGGGGUAUCAGAGAUGACGGACGUAAAUUUAACAAAACAAACAAACAAAAAAAGGCUGACUUGAAGUUUGAAAAUACCACCAAUUUUAUUUUUUUUUGGGGGGGGGGGGAUAAAUUAUUUUUUUUGGGUCACUUUGAAAGACAAACCAUCUCUCCACAGAAGCUUUGUCAUAUACUGUCGUACCAGAAAGUCAUCAUGCUGAAGAAACGUUGAUGUUAAAAACCUGUUAUUUAUUUAUUUUGGGCUGCAUCUUUACCCAGAUUUGUACUUUUUACGAGAAAAAGGAGGAGGUGGGACGAGUACUUAGCCUGUAUUUGUAGAUUUUUCCUUGUUGUGUAUAGACGUUGUCUUCCUAUCUAGGAGGGGGGGGGGGGGGGGAGGAAGUAAGAUCAUGAACGGCUUGUUUUUUGUUUUUUUUAACUGCCUUGAAUAUAUCUUUUGUCAUAUAUCAAACCCCCCCCCCCCUGCUCUGUAAUAACGGUAUUCACCACAGUCAUACAUCUAUAUAUAUAUAUAUUUUCCCAUUCAACAGUGUUUUGUUUUUUUCAAUACACAUCAACAA